CCUCCCUCCCCAAAUGGUUCGCCGCCCACCUGCUUAUCAUGCCAAAAUGCACCAUCUUCCUUUUGCGUGCUUUUACCAAUCUCCAUCCAAAUGACGGCCAAAAAAACAUUAUUAUAAUCAUCAUCUUGGUGCUCAAGUUAUUUUUUUUUUUAUUUUUUUUUGGGGGCAACAUUUUGUUUGGAAGGGAGAGCGACAUCUACGUUUAUGGGCAUGGAUAAACAAAUAGUGACAAAAUACCGUCGGCAUCAUUGAGGGCUUUACUACCGCCUGCAACGACUUUUCGGCCCAUCGGUUUCUUCAUUUCCUCAUAACACAAGUCUUUUAUGAAAAUCUCGUUAUCAACCCGGUCGCCGGGGCUGUCCCCAUCAUCCAUCCACUUGCCAAAGCCAAUCCGCUACCUCCGCAACUUAACACUGGCAGCCAUCGUGGUGCUCUUUCUGGGGGCCAUCGCGAUUAACCUUCACCGUUAUGUCACUCAGGUGCCUCUCGUCAGAAACUCUCUUAGCAGCAUAGGACUGGCGGUGCCAGAAAUGGUUUUCUGCAUGAACGCCCAAUACUACAAUGUCCCGGCGGCUACGAGCUUCUUGGCCGGCGAUGCUAAUCCCGUAUGCUUUGGAGAAGUCCUUGGAAAAGACGCCACGGUCGGGACGCCUGUCCCUUUGUCUCAAUAUGUCGCACCUUUUACCUUUCCUCAAGACGGCGGCAAUGUCAUGUGGGAUACGAAUGCAACGAUUCCCUGCCACCGAUUUUCACCGCUCGGUCGACUCCGCUUUUCUGCCUAUGCGCCUUCAUCAACCAGCGAUCCCACCAAAUAUAUUUCUGCGAUUAGUUGCGGCUAUGAUUAUGACCCCUCCAACAGAACAAAGGACGAUGGCAAUGUAUGGCCCCCGAGACUGGAUCGGCUUACAGCGGCCAUAUUCCCGCGCGAAGCCCCAACUAGCCAACUCCAGUUCCUUCCAUCGGAAGUCUUAUACAACACUUCUAUGAGUCUCUUUUUACAGUAUCAAGCUGCGGAGAAAAUGGGACGGGAACCGCAAACAAUUCUUCAAUGGUCAAUGGGAAACAGUUUGGCUUACUAUUGGGUUCAAUCUCUAACACCUUACAAUCAGAGAACGUCCCACCACUCAAGCAUAUAUGUCCGCAUCAGCCCUUCCAAUCUCCUUACGGAAGCCAACAAUCCCAACCUAUUCCAAGUUCCCGUUAGCCAAGAAGUGCGAUCGAUCACCAUUCUAGAUAUAUUCGUGACAAUGGGAGGUGUUUUUUCGUUUCUAAGUACCAUUUUCUUGAUCCUAUUUGGCUCACGCAGACUUCAACCCUUUGGCAUUGUUCACAAGUUGUUCAGCAUCCAGUUGCGUACUUACCUCCAGUCAAAGUACGGGAAGAAUACAACCCUUAUUGAAACAAACCUCAACUCGAACGCACCACCAAUUACGGUAGACGUUAUGCCGGACACCAACGCACAAACCCCCAAAUCCCAUCGAUCAUGGUCUCCGUCCACAAAAGAGAGCCCUGGCGAUGUUGUUUGGAAAACCUAUACCCUUGACGAACCGGCAGUAUGCCUUGAAGCCCAGCAGCCGCUACCUACAGACCAUGACCGCCUUCGCGCUAUUGAGAAUAUAUUGGAAGAAUUUUACAUUGACACAUCGACGGAGUUUCCCCGACUUUCCAGCUUGCUUCCGGGAUCUUCCAACAAACCUCGAUGAUACCCCUAUCACGCUGUCUUGGGUUUACGACGUGUGGUUGCUGGUCAUCCACACAUUUAUGCCGCCGGUUUCCAACCUGAUGAGACGACUUGUAGACGUUAGCAUUAGUUUGGCUCACUUGCUACCACAAGGACACCACUGUCUGCUAGAUCACAUCUGCUAUUGAGAUGAGCCUCAUAAUGGUACCCCUCAUUCCCCAUCGUGUAGCUCUCGUUACUUUGAUGUGCUCCGGCUGAGGACGUUAGCGGUGUUACGCUAGAGAUGAAUGGAGAGCAUUGUUUUGCACUCUCUCUUCGUUUAAUGCGAACGAGCAGGAGCAUAUCAUGUUCAUAUUUCCUAGUGUCUACAUGAUCUAUCUGAGGCUGAACAACUGUUGAAGUUAUGGGUCCGGGUGAUUACCCAAUUGCCCUCUUAAACUUAAAACACAGAAACGACAUGCCACACCAACUUUUUAACCUGAGAGUCAAUUUCAAUGGGUCGGGUGGGUGCGUGCCUACCGACGGUUUAAUAUACUCACUGUCCUCAACGGUAUUGAACCAUGAAUU